AUGUUUUUGACGAGACCCAUUUUCCGUGGACCUUCCCUUUGGGCGUUGCACUCUUCCCACGCUUAUUCCUCUGCCUCUGCGGCUGCAAUUCAAGCUGAGAGAACAAUCAAAGAUGGGCCCCGAAACGAUUGGAGCCGAGACGAAGUCAAAUCCAUCUACGACUCCCCCGUGCUCGAUCUUCUCUUUCAUGGGGCUCAAGUUCACAGACAUGCUCAUAACUUCAGGGAAGUGCAGCAAUGUACUCUUCUGUCUAUCAAAACAGGAGGGUGCAGUGAAGAUUGUUCCUAUUGUCCUCAAUCUUCUAAGUAUGAUACCGGAAUCAAAGGGCAGCGCCUUAUGAACAAGGAAGCUGUUCUCCAGUCUGCAAAGCGGGCUAAAGAGGCUGGGAGCACUCGCUUCUGUAUGGGUGCUGCUUGGAGGGAUACACUUGGAAGAAAGACCAACUUUAACCAGAUCCUUGAAUAUGUGAAAGACAUAAGGGAAAUGGGAAUGGAGGUUUGUUGCACCCUUGGCAUGCUGGAGGAACAGCAGGCUCAUGAACUCAAGAAGGCAGGUCUCACAGCCUAUAAUCACAAUCUUGACACUUCAAGGGAAUAUUAUCCAAACAUCAUCACAACAAGGACUUAUGAUGAGCGCCUAAAAACACUUGAGUUCGUUCGUGAUGCAGGGAUCAAUGUUUGUUCUGGAGGAAUUAUAGGGCUUGGAGAAGCAGAGGAGGACCGUGUAGGUCUGUUACAUACAUUGUCAACACUUCCCACCCAUCCAGAGAGUGUUCCUAUUAAUGCACUUGUUGCUGUGAAGGGAACCCCUCUUGAGAAUCAGAAGCCUGUUGAAAUAUGGGAGAUGAUUCGCAUGAUAGCCACAGCACGUAUCAUAAUGCCAAAAGCAAUGGUCAGAUUAUCAGCUGGCAGAGUCCGGUUCUCCAUGCCUGAGCAGGCAUUGUGCUUUCUUGCUGGUGCAAAUUCCAUAUUCACUGGUGAAAAGCUUCUCACUACACCUAACAAUGACUUUGAUGCUGAUCAACUCAUGUUCAAAGUUCUUGGACUUAUCCCGAAAGCUCCAAGCUUUCAUGAAGGUGAAACUAGUGAGACAGAGGAUUAUAAGGAAGCAGCUUCUUCUAGUUGA